AUGUUCUUAAAAAUUAAAGCCAAGCUAGAGAAAGGCAUUGGGGCCAGAUGUCCGAGCUACUUGAGAAAAAAUAUCUUUGCAUCGUAUUCUGAAGACUUUGAGAACAACCCAAGUUUGUUGAGCCUCGGAGGAGAAAUAGUUGGAAACAUAGAACCGUACUGUGGACGAUACUGCCUCAAAAACGCCAAGUUCCUGUACUCCAAGUCGGCCUCUCGUGCCAGGCCACUGGGGGACAAUAAGCUUUGUCUGGCCUACCAAGGAGAUGUGGGAAAUCAACUGUCCUUACGAUGUGUAGACGGUAACACUGACGUCACUGAGAGGGUCGACAUUGACUUCACGACGACCAAAGAUAAACACUGGACAUACCGCUGUGUCCAGUUGAAGGACCUUCUGGGUGAGACCAGUGUCUGUAGACGGUCAAGUGCUGGUCUGAUGUCCAUCAGAUUUACAAGUCCAGUCCAUGACUACUACAUUGAUGUCGUCAACCUGGGGUCAAAGUUCACCACCACUGAUACGCCAGAUAUGAUAUGGGAACAGAGGACUAGCCCUACCAUGCCUGCAGGAGAAAUGAUUUCGUCCAUUAAUGUAAAAUCACUCUCCAACAAAAACCCAGGAAUGUUCUCUUUUGAGGUUUCCAUGGUGAUGUACAACUGUGGACACACCGUUCCUCAGAUAAAACCUUACGGGGGACGACAAAUUUCAAAGAACGUUUUUGAAGUGACAUCAAAGUCAGGAAACAAUGUAAGGGUGACAGUGAAAAGAUUCCAAGCGGCGACUCACCCCAUUGGUGGAACAACCACCUUGAAAGCAAAUGGUAAAAAGAAAAAGGUGCCUGUAAGCUGGGAUAUGGAUGAGUACAGAGUGACGGAACACCUGGAGAACAUUGACCUGGAGGCCAUGGGUUUACUGGAGGUGGUCAAACACGGACACUGUGCUGACUUCACCUGGACUUAUAAAUUUGUCACAAAGCUGGGAAAACAGGAACUGUUAGAGGUGGUGGAGACGGAUCCAAUCGGGGGACCAUUUGAGUCGGAAGUGAAACGGCAACGUACCGGGAGGACGGAAUAUGAUCCUUGUACUCCGGAUCAAAUAAGGACGCCUCAUACCAAACCACAGGUGUCUGUGACGGUGAACUCCAUACCCUCAGCCUGUAGUGGACACUGUCAGUUUGAGUGGACAGACAUUGACACCCCAACCAUCACCUCAUUUUCUCCUUUACAAGGUAGUGUUGGUGAUCAGCUGACCAUCACAGGCUCCCUCUUCAGUGGGAACAUGGAAGACAACAGAGUGACUGUUGGGGAUCUGGACUGUCCACUGGACUGUACAGCACCAUCGUCCUGCGACGAGACACAGCUUGUCUGUUCCCUUGGUAACGGGCCGACUGGGUCAGUCAAUGUGACUGUUAGAGUACCCAGUAAAGGCGAGACCACAACAACCACAGCCUCAAAGUUCAUGUACACGUCAGGUGUGGACAGUUAUACACCAGUAAAGGGCAGUAUAGCAGGUGGGACACUCCUGACCUUUACGGGACAUGGUAUUCCCUCGGAUGUGUCCGUUAGGAUUGGAUCCCAAAGCUGUACAGUAGUACUACCUGUUGCUACUUCUCGGUUCUCCUGUCAGACGCCUGCUCAGAUUGCUGGUGACAAGUUUGUCUCUGUUACGAUUGGUGGGAGAAUAUUUGAUAACUUUCCAAAGUUUACCUACGACUCAAGUACAACAGUGACACCAGUUGUCAGGGCCAGAACGAUGUCAUCUCCAAAUCCGUCCAUUUUAGGGGGAGAAACUGUCAGUUUUACUGGAAGUGGAUUUGAGAAUGCUUGCACAAAGCUGCUUCUGGUCAAGCCAGGUACCCAUGGUGAAACUGACACUAUGGUAUCAGCUGAUGUUGACGUGGUCAGUGACACAGAAGCUACAGCCGUGCUACCUAGCACUCGGCCAGGUGUUUACAACAUCCGGAUCCAAUGUCAACAUGGUUAUGCCUUGAACGAGAAUAAUCUUCAGAUUGAAUACCAGUUUGCUAUUAAAGCAGUGCAUCCACUCAUGGGGUCCGCUUACGGGGGCACCAGGGUGACUUUUAAAGGAGUAGGGUUUGGAGACGACCACUCUAAGCUCACCACAACAGUUGGUAGCCAUGUCUGUGUGAUUGACCCUGUGACCUUUAGUUCCACAGAGUUUGUGUGCCAGGUGGCCAGAACAGGGAAGAUACACACCAUCAGCAACAACGGCACCAGUGCCAGGUUAGGUACGGGGUAUAACUGGCACCCUCGGAAUGGACAGUACGAGGUCGGCGAUACAAUCCAGUGGUCGUUCAAAGCUCCUCAGGAUGAAUUUAAGAUGGGUGUUUACGAGCUGAUAAAUGCCACUGGAACGGAGGAACUGAUAAACGGAAUUAACAGUGGUGAUCCUGUUCAUAUAGGGUCACACAGAAAAGACCUAAGUGAGGCAAAAGUACACUACUUCUGGAGCCGUUUCCUUGAUCAAGGGAAAGCUGAUCCCGCAAGAAUUUUAUUUCGAGCGCAAUACACGGUGACGGAGAAGACAAAGAGAAGUGAAGCUAUUAGUGUAACUAUUGGAGACACUGUUAAACACACGGCAUUGCACGUCGUGGAUUCAGGUUUGACGAUUGAUCCCGGAGAUUGUGAGUUAUCUGUCCCUGAUUGUACUGCCCCCGAUCCUCCGUCAACAGACUUGUUCUACUUCUCUUUCCUCCCAUGUCUUGGAGCUGUCGUAACCUCAAUCUCACCCACCGUGGCAACCGACAAAGAUGACAUCACUAUCAAGACUUUGUUGCCUGGCAACCAGAUAUGUCACACUGAAAUCUCCAUGGGACCGAAGAUGUGCAGGGUUCACAGUUUAAUCAAUGAUGGGGUUAUUUGUCGGAUUGACCCAGGAACUGAUAUGGUGGUUGGCCAGAGCGUUCCUAUAACUGUAAGAACAACAGAACUUGGAUAUGGUAUCCUGGUAAUGCCAAACCCAUACUUCAGCUUCCGAUCUCGAGUUAUUGGUUCCAGUCCUGAGCAAGGCUCUGCUGCUGGAGGAACCACACUUGUGAUCACUGGCAUGGGGCUAAAUGGGGGCACCCCCAUUGUUGGAGGGGCAGAAUGUGAGGUUUUGGAAGAAUCUUUCACGGAAGUGAAAUGUAAAACGCCUCGAAUGUCAGUGUCAACAAACAGUAAAGGAGAUACUCGUCGUGUCAUACAGUUUUUCCACCCCAACAGUCCAGGUGGAGUUCUCUCCCCACAGUUAGCUUUUCGAUACUUGCUAGUGGUGAAAUUAACAUCUGUUUCCCCUAGAGAGGUAUUCGGUUUAACAACAAUAUACUUAGGUGGUUACGGAUUUGGUACGGAAAUUGAGAAGGUUAGUGUAACUAUUGGACAGGAGAAGUGUGUUGUAAAAUCAGUAAAGGACAAUUUGGUUACCUGUGAGAUUGCGUGUCUAUCCGCGGAACUUCAUCUCGUCGAGGUAAACAUUGAAUCUGUUGGAUCUGCCCAGAGUGAUACCCCGUUCCAAAUCCAAGGUCGACCAGCAGUUGGAGCCGUGUCACCGCCAUCAGGUAGUAUCUAUGGAGGAGUUAAACUCACUAUCACUGGCAAUGCGUUCUAUGAAGAUGCAACGACGGUAACCGUGGGUGGCGAAGACUGCCCAGUGCCUGGAACCGUGUCCACCUGUCAACUCAUUUGUGAAUUACCGCCAGCAGAGGGUGCUGGUGUACAACCCAUAGAGGUCACACUGGGGUCAACACCUGUGACAGGGUCCACAGUUCACUUUGAUUAUUCUGCAGAAAAAACUGCUGUUGUGAGUGGUGUGGUUCCAGCCGAGGGCACCACAGGGACGGAGAUGAGUAUAGACGGACAGUUCUUUGAUGUGGCGUCUCGACAUGUCUAUGUCGGUGGCUCCCUCUGUACAGUUCAGACAGAAACUUCGGAGCUGAUCACGUGCAAGCUUGGGGACCGUGCUGCUGGAGUAACUGAUGUGGUUGUCAUGGUACCAGGAUAUGGAAGAUCAGCACCUGAGGGGGAUGAAAACAAGUUUACGUAUCAGUUGAAUGUUCACACACCCCUCGAUCCAAAAACUGGACCAACUUACGGUGGUCAGCAUGUCACUAUAACGGGAACUGGAUUUGACCCUGAUGCCACGUCUGUCACGCUUGCUGACUCUGAGUGUGAUGUCCUCUCCGGGUUAUCCUCCUUAACAAAACUGGUGUUCUCAACUCCGUCUGGUUCAGGAACUGUAGAUGUGGAAGUUUCCCAGGGUUCCUUGCAACAAGUCAUUACUAACGGCUACAAAUAUGAAGGUUCUGUGUCUGACCCAGCUGUCAUUGAAAGUAUCACCCCACAGACUGGCGGCACAGUAGGGGGAACCCGUGUCACCUUCAUCGGCUCAAACUUCGGUGGCGAUGCAGACAAGGUAAAAGUUGAAAUUGCUGGAGUUGCGUGUGUUGUCCAGUCUCCGAUUGAAGACACGUCUGUGGUUUGUGUCACAAGUUCGUCUGGUGGGGCAAGAACAGGAACAGCCUCUAUGUCAAUCCACAGUAAACCUACACAGCUGUCCCCUGAUUCACAGGAUGAUGCCCUAGAAUUCCAGUUUGUUGACAAAUAUUCCUCCGAGUUCACCUGGGGAGGGUCUCCACCUCCUGUAGCGGGCGACAUUGUUGUGGUCUCAAUGGAAAUGACACUGAUGAUUGAUGUUGUGGAAGUACCUGUCCUCACCAUGCUUUUAAUUGAUGGUGGCACAGUGAUCUUUGAUGAAACCAAGAGCAACAUUCUUCUUCAGGCACACAACAUUCUCAUCACCAACCAGGGGAAACUGCAGGUCGGUACAGAGGAGAAGCCCUAUAUAAGUGACGUUACAAUCCUGUUACACGGCCAUUACCUCGCCCAGGAACUGUUACCCAUAUAUGGCUCCAAGGUCCUAGCUGUGAGAGAGGGAACGCUGAAUCUCCAUGGUAUACCUAGAUCGUCUUGGACAAAACUAGCAGCAACAGCAGUAGAGGGGGCCACAGAUAUUGUCCUCAAUGAUCCUGUCAACUGGAGAUUAGGUGACCUGAUCGUCAUAGCAACCACUGGCAACAAAGCCUCCCAGGGUCAGACAGAAACCAGAAAAAUUCAAGAGGUUUCUGAGGAUGGGCGAACUCUGACCUUGACCCAGCCACUGGAGCAUGAACACUUGGGAGAGACGUUAACACACGGAGGUCACGACUUUGAGGUUCGAGCAGAAGUCGGCCUGUUGAGUCAUAAUGUCAAGGUCAUAGGUAGUAACAACGACCGAUUAACAGAAAAAGUGGAGGAAUGUGAGAAGGGGUCAGAUACAGUGGAGUUUGAAUCCCAGACCUGUUUCAGUAGAAGAUUUGGAGCUGAGAUUUCUUCUGAUCAAUUCGGAGCACAGAUUUUGGUCCAUGCUCCAGAGCCUGACAAAGAUCACGUGAUUAUUCAGAUUAGCAACACUGAGAUCACAAACGCUGGACAGGCGUUCCAUCACGGACGACAUCCAAUCCACUUCCAUCUAAACGGGGACAUGUCCAAGUCAUACGUCAGAGGCACGGCAAUUCACGAUACCUUUAAUCGGGCUUUAAACAUCCAUGCUACCAACAACUUAUUAGUGGAAAACAAUGUUGUGUAUAACGUAAUGGGCGGGGCGAUCUUCCUUGAGGACGGCAUAGAGACUGGAAAUACAAUACAAAAUAAUCUGGUAGUGUUUACCAAGGCUUCAGCUAGUCUGCAAACUGAUGACAUUGCUCCAGCUGCGUUUUGGAUCACGAAUCCAAAAAAUACGAUACAGAACAACAUCGCAGCAGGGGGAACUCACUCAGGAUUCUCGUACCGUUUUGGUAAACAAACAGAGGGGUCAUCACGUAGCCUGACUGUACCUCCUAAUACCCCGUUAAAGAAAUUCUACGCAAAUACUGCCCACUCUAUGGGAUUGUACGGGUUGUGGGUUUUCCAGGAGGAGAACUAUGCAUAUGAGAAAAUUAAUCGUGAAGGGGCUCCUAUGGUGACAAUCUUUGAGGAUUUCACAGCAUAUCAAUGUGAAAAGGCUGCUGAAUUUGUUAAUAUUGAUGAUUUUUGUUUAGAAAACCUUUAUUCACUUCAUAAUGAAUUCACUGCAGUUGAAGUAAAAUUUCAGUUAAACAACCGUGGAUCUGUAUUUGAGGACAAAACCUGUAUCAAAGGAGGGGUAUAUGUAGCUUACGAUCCUACGCUUCCUUUACAUCCAAAGUGGGACGCGGGAGAUGGCUCUGCUGCCGUAACAACCUAUGGAGUUGUCUUUCCACACGGGAAAGGUGGCAAGGUGAACGGAGUUACGUUUGUUAACUACCACACUUUAGGGUCCAGCGCGAUCACUUUUUCAAAAAGUUUUGAUAACUGCAGCACUAACUGUGGUAGUUAUAAUUAUAAGGUGAUGCAGGUCGAUUUCAUAAACACAGUGCAGCGGGUCCUGUUUCCAUGGGAACAUACAGGUGUCAUUGAAGACGACGGAACACUUACUGAUAGCGAUGGAGCUGCCAAGGUCGUCGUUUGUAGUCCACCGUUCCUCAGUGUCUGCUCCAAAGAAUUUCCUACGGAGGACCAGUUCAACUACGGUGAUAUAGAGGUCUGCCUCUGUCCAGCAGAAACAAGAUUUCAUAGGCUUGUAGUGGAGGGUAUGAACCACACUACCAAUCAGGGGAAACGCCUUGUCGCAACCUACCUGGGAGGAUCUUCUGUCAGUGCCUAUGCUACUAAACACACCACACACAAACCAAGUUGGGCCAUGAUACUACUGGAAAGUUCGGCUGAAGUUCUUUUGGAGUUUGAGGACACGGAGCCUGCAGAUCACCUGAGUUAUUCUGGAAUGGUUUAUGACUUCAAUCAGGGUCCAGCUGAUGAUAUAAACUACCUAAUCCUAUGCCACAACAUGGAGACAAGGCCAGACAAGUUCUUCUACAAUGGAGAAACAGAAAGGGAGGAAUCCCCAUCAGCAUUGUCAUCAGCAGACAAAGAUGGUACCUGGUACUUCUACAAGGACUCCAAGAGGCUGUGUUACCUAGUAUCAUCUCAGAGUGACGAGUCUGUGGAAACGUCCCCAACAGUAAACUCUCGCGAUCAUCCUAUUGUGUUGAAUACAUUCAAGUGUGAAUACGACGGCUGUGUCACACCAGACAAAAAGACUAUGCCCCCCAGCUGUGAUCCGGACAGUACCCAUGUACUGAAAACCUGGGAACUAGUAUCAUCUCAGAGUGACGAGUCUGUGGAAACGUCCCCAACAGUAAACUCUCGCGAUCAUCCUAUUGUGUUGAAUACAUUCAAGUGUGAAUACGACGGCUGUGUCACACCAGACAAAAAGACUAUGCCCCCCAGCUGUGAUCCGGACAGUACCCAUGUACUGAAAACCUGGGAACAGUUCUGUAGUGAGCUGCCAACAGCAAAGAAGUGUGACGAGGGGGCUGAUGUGGAGAUCAAAGCUGGUAUUUGGGUUACCAUGGGAACAACAUCUACAGCACGAUUGAACAAGCUGAUUAUCAGAGGAACAUUAAAAGCACGAAACGAAGCAGACGUGAACAUUAUUAUCAAAGCAACGUAUAUUAUCGUCAUUGGCGGCCAGCUUAUCAUUGGGUGUGAUGAUCCUUUUGUUGGCAAGGCAACCCUCAUGUUGCUAGGCAAUCGCAGAACACCAGUUUUUACUGACCGCAGUGGAAGUGGUGCUGAUGUCCCCAUUGGUGCCAAAGUUUUAGCCUCGUUUGGAGGGCUGACGCUGAAUGGUACUGGACCUAAAGUUCCCUGGACUACACUAGGCAGGUCAGCAGCUGUUGGUGAAACAACUGUGACUUUGGCGGUCAAGGUUACCGACUGGAAGGUAAAUGAUGAAGUCCUUCUCACAGCCACAGGGUACAACUCCAAGGAGGCGGAGAAACGACGAAUUAGAUUUAUCAACAAUGAAGGAGCAACAACGGUCCUCGAGCUGGACGCAGGACUGACCUACAGUCACACGGUUGGAGCAGAGAACUUUAACGGAACCUCCUACUCCAUCGCAGCAGAAAUAGGCGAUCUGACUCGGAACAUAAAAAUUAUCGGGGAGGACGAUGACGGUUUAAUGAAGGAGUCAUUCGGAGCGAGAGUCCUCGUAGCCACCUGGGAGGACAUGGGCACUGGGGAUGUCUGGCAAGGGUACGCCCGUCUUCAGAAUACAGAGUUUUACCACACGGGUCAAGAAGGCUGGACUGGGUCACAUGAUCCUCGGUUUUCUCUCACUUAUAAAGACACUGGGCCGGCCGGUGUGCCUGCUUUCCCCAGCUCUGUCAAAAACUGUGUCUUCCAUGACGGAUUCAGCACAGCUGUGGGUGUCUUUGGAGCUCCAGAUCUUCUGAUUGAAUACAACAUCAUCUACCACACUGUGGGAACAUCGAUACAAACACAAUCAGCCAAUACGAUGCUGUAUUAUAACCUGUUGUGUUUGAUGCUGUGGCGAGGGACUUACGGAGACCGCCACGACACAAAACUCACAGGCUACACGGGAUCAGUCGAAAGCUACACAGAGAAAGACCUCGUCAUGGUUGGUAACCAUGUCUCCUCCUCGGAGAGAACGUGUUUAAACGUGUUUCCACAUCCAUGUGACAGUGAUGUCGUGCCAUGGAGAGACAAUGUUGUACAUACGUGUUUGAUUGGCAUGGCUCUCUUCCCUACCAAUGAGGGACAACCAGUAGGCGUGGAAUGUGUUAGGUACACCGGCAUCACUGCCUACAAAAACUGGGACUAUGGAAUGUUCUACGUCGGCGCUGCCAGUGUAGAGUUUGAUGGUGUAACCCUGCUGGACAAUGGAGUGGGAAUCUGGGGAUUGGUCCACUCCCCCAGUGCCUUGUCACACGAACUUGUCAAUAAGUAUCUUAUGGUCAACAACAGUUUGGUGGUGUUGAGGUCACAGAAUUUCGACUGUAAAAAUGAUGUGAUUGAUGAGACGGACAACAGCUACAUAUUAAGUAGACAGGUCGGUAAAUCGUUCCGGAUAGAAGGUACUGGAUAUACUGGUGUUGCCACCGGAUCGUUCUCGAGCUCGCAUAAUGAAGGGCCGGUGAUGCCGUUACUUAAUACCAUGUCUUACAACUCUAUUGGCGGACACACAGUGAUUAAAGAUACAACAUUUGCCAAUCUUAACAAGUGUCCAAAUAACCGGGAUCGAGCCAUUUCAACGAGUCCUAACACCGAUGAUCUGAUACAUCCGACAUUUGUAGAGUGUAUAAAAGUGGUUCCUGAAGAUAACAAUAAUAAAGACCACUUGCUCUACUUCCACAGAGCCAGGGUUGAACAGGUGAACCCCUCCAGCUGUGUAGAUAUGGAAUGUGACGGACACAAGAAAGUGAUGGUUCACGACAAAGAUGGAAGUUUGCUGGGUAAAAGUGGAACAGUCCUGUCCAUGUCAGAGUGGAUGUAUGGCGAAGAUCCAAGACGAGGCUCGGGUGACCAUAGAAUACCUACAGCCAUGCUUCUAGACGUUUCUAGCGAGAACCAGCUGGAUCCCAGAGAAUUAGCUACAGAAAGAGGAAUCGUCCGAGAUCCAACCUGUGUAAUACAGGGAGCGUGGCAGGCACAUUUAUGUACACAUUACAAUUACAAGAUGGUGAUUAUUGAGAGUAUGGAUUCAGACACGGAGACCCGUCGUCUGUCGCCCAUUGCUGUCUUGGGAGAGACGGAUACCGAUCCCCGGGUCGGUUACCUUGACCUCAUUAACGGCCCCCAAGACCACGGGCGCUGCUUCGGCAACACGUGUCGAAAACGCAUCUCAACAUUCUCAAUGGUUGUAGCAACAAAUCUGUCCUACAGGAUGUUUUUCUCCAGCACCCCUCCUCAAUGGCUGCGUCUCUCCAUGCUUCUGUCAGAAAGAUUCCACAAGUUCAAGAUUGCUAUAUACUACUUUAAAGCUAACAGAAUUGACGUGUUUGCCCACGGUGAAUACAAACCACCCAAGAACAGUUACUACGACGGAAACGAACAAUUGUUCUAUCUCGAUACGUACACCGACAAGGAUAAAUAUAUUCCAACCAUCGAUGACGACUGUGGGACCAAUUUUUAUGAAACAGAGUCUAAACUUCUGCAUUUGAUUGUGUGUGGGGAUGGUAGCGUAGACAUAAAAGUCUCAAAGGCUGUAUUUAUGCACAUUUCACUGCCAUCGAUGUCUGACGAGGACUUGCAUUUAACAAAUCUAUUGAAACAUUUGGCACAGUUCUUGGGAGUGGCAGAGGAACUUGUGAAGGUUAGGGAAGCCAUUACUGAUACCGAAUCUCGCCACAAGAGGGCGACUGGAUCAACAACAUACGUUGUACAGAUCGCGGACCAGCCCUGUAAUACAACUUUGUGUGCUUCGGAGUCUUUGACGUUUGAUGCGGCAGACCUCGUCAUUUUAGCCAACAAAAUUGUUAAUGCUUUCUUGUUGGGGCAAAUCAGUGACAUUUUAAAUGUAACAGUGAAUUCUAUGAAUAUUGAUGAGGUGUUGCCAUCCACAACUGACCCAACCUGGAAAAUGAUUGUGGACUCCGGUAAUGUCACGACAGUUCUAAAGGUGCUGGACAGUUUACAGUUUGAGACAGCAAUCAUAGAAGAUACAGAGGGAAAUCCCUUCAAGCAGCAACCUGUUCUCCAUUUUGUGGAUGAAAAUGGGGAUCAUGCAUCAAUUCUAGGAAUAUCAACGAUGCCGUGGGAAGUGACUGCCACCUUGCGGGCAGGAGCGGGUAAUUCUAGCGGCUGUACACCAACGCUUGCCGGCACUUCCACCGUCAACUUCGUAGACGGCUGGGCCAACUUUACAGAUCUGUUAAUUAGCUGUACUGGAGCAGCGUACAUGAUCAAUUUUGACAUCACCUCGCCUACCGGGACCAACUUCACGCUAACCUCGGCUAACCUGACAAUCCUCCCUCGGAAUAUAACGGCUGCAGUAGCAUCAGUUACCAGUCCCAAAUACACAGGAGAACCUUUCGGGGUCACAGUUCAUCUCAAAGAUGCUGCAACAGAUGCUGUUAUUACAGAUGUCGGAUGGAAGGGGCACACCUGGACGGCUGAGGUCAGAGUCAGUGACACCUACGAAUUCUCAGGGUCACUCACAGGCACAGUGAACGUGACCUUCGACCACAUCACUGGCUUGGCUACCUUUGAUGCUCUUGUCCUAAAUACAGCCGGAAUUUUUGUGUUAAUCAUUAACGUCACAUCAAGUCCUGCAGAUUACAGUUUCACUGUGGAACAGGAGGAAUCUAUUGAGUGGGUCAACAUGAAAAUGAGCACGACUCAUGCAAAUAUAGGGUCUGUUAAGUACAACCUUGACUACAGUGUCUAUGGGACUACUGCUUUUGCGAGAGCUACAUGUAACAGUAUGAUGCAGAUGAACAAUGCGAUAACUCUGUCGAACUGCACAUCUUCUCCAGGGAGCGUUAUUGUGUCGUUUGUCUUGACCGGAACCAACACAACGAUGGACGAGUUCCUGGAUAUGCUGUGUCAGAAUAUCAGUUCAUCGUUAAGCUUUUCUUUCAAUGGAACAACAGCCACGUUAGAUAAAUAUGUGACUGUGGGCGGCUCUGAGCCGAGCAACUGUUUCCCGCAGGAUGCUGGAGAGAUAGAAGCAGAGUCAUCAUCAUCUAUGCUGGGUAUUAUCUUAGGUGUCCUCAUCGUAUUAAUUGUUCUGCUCGUCAUCGGAGUCGCCAUAUACUGUAUCAAAGCCAAGGAAAAAUUACAUCGACUGAAAAUAACCCAAGUAAGCCAAAUGUUAGACGAGGAAGAAAUGGAGGAGCCUAUUACGGAGAAACCGCCCGGCCCCCCGGGAACCUUCCUGUUCUCCCCAGACCCCACCUAUAUAGACGAUCCUCCCGACCAGCUCUUCCGCCAGGACACAUUCAUGGGUUUCCGUGACUACUUCCCAGAGAGACAGAUGCCCCCAAUCGGAAACAGUUUCCGGGAGAGGCCCAAAACAGCCAAAAAGUUCAGCUUCCACUAACUCUUUCCAACUGUUUACACAGAUAUUUGGACUCUUCCCAUCAAAUAUGGUGUUGAUACAUACGUCACUUUUGGCAUGUGUUUUGAUAUUUGGGGCGCCCAUGCUUUUUAGAAUAUAUACGGUUUCCCAACAAAUGGUGGUUGGUUAUCAUGUUUAUUAUGCUCCCGCCAUAAA